ACCUGUUUGGUGUUUCUCAGCGGACCUCGAAGGCAACACGGGGUGUUCUGUUUUGUGAUUGGCUGUUGCUGCCUUGAGAGCGGCUCUGGUUGUCACGGUCACGGUAAAGUGUCUUAAAGAGGGAUUUGCUCAAUCAGGGCUUCAGUCUCGGAGUGUCGACAAGCCUCCGCGGGUUGUACAUGCUAAGAUGCUAACUGGGGACUAUUAGGCCGUCAAAAAGGGGAAAACAAGGCUGGGAAAAUGGCAAAAAUACCCCAGAAUAAGUGAGGAAACAAUGCAUGGACCAAUGCGGACCCGAGCGGGAAGUUUUAAACUGUUUUAAGCACUUUUCUGUGCUGAUGGUUGCUAGCCAGCUAACGGCUAACCGAGGUGCUAACAGUUUAAAAAGUUUCCGAAGCCAAGCGGCCGAGGUUCGGCAGCCCAGGAAUUAGUCGGACCCAUGACGGUGGAGGGCGUGAGGCACUCCCCAGUCCUGUCUGCCCUGUUCAGGAUGGCGGAGGACUGUGAACUGCUGGGGACCGCGGAGUUUAUCAAAGAGCGUCUGUACUUCGCCACGUUACGCAGCAAACCCAAAAGCACCGCCAACACUCACUACUUCUGCAUUGACGAUGAGUUUGUCUACGAAAACUUCUAUGCUGACUUUGGACCUCUGAACUUGGCCAUGUUGUACCGAUACUGCUGCAAGCUCAACAAGAAGCUAAAGUCGUUCACUCUGACCAGGAAGCGGAUCGUUCACUACACCAGCUUUGACCAGAGGAAGAGAUCCAAUGCUGCCGUGCUGAUUGGAGGCUAUGCCGUGAUCUACCUGAAGAAAACCCCAGAGGAAGCCUACAGAGCUCUGAUCUCCGGCUCUAAUGCCUCCUACCUGCCUUUCAGGGACGCUGCCUUUGGGAAUUGCACCUUCAACCUCUCAGUGCUGGACUGUCUACAGGGCAUCAGGAAGGCUCUGCAGCAUGGAUUCUUCAACUUUGAGGCAUUUGACGUGGACGAAUACGAACACUACGAGCGAGUGGAGAACGGAGACCUGAACUGGAUUGUCCCUGGAAAGUUCCUGGCCUUCAGUGGACCUCAUCCUAAAACUAAGAUAGAGAACGGUUACCCCCUACACGCGCCAGAGGCCUACUUCCCCUACUUCAGGAAACACAACGUGACCACCAUCAUCCGCCUGAACAAGAAGAUCUAUGACGCUAAACGCUUCACUGACGCCGGCUUCGACCACUACGAUCUUUUUUUUGUGGACGGCAGCACUCCCAAUGACAUCAUCGUACGCCGCUUCCUCCACAUCUGUGAGAGCACCGAUGGUGCCGUGGCCGUGCACUGCAAAGCUGGUCUGGGCAGAACAGGCACUCUGAUUGGCUGUUACCUGAUGAAGCACUACCGCUUCACGGCGGGUGAGGCCAUCGCCUGGAUCAGGAUCUGCAGGCCAGGCUCUGUGAUUGGUCCACAGCAGAACUUCCUAGAAGAGAAGCAGUCGGCGCUCUGGGUGCAGGGUGAGGGUCAGCGCACCCAGAAAGCAAGAAUGGAGGAGAAGGCGGUUCCUCACCUCAUCACCAGCAUGGGCGAGCUCUCACUAAACUCCACCCACAGCAGCAGUAUUGUCAGAUCCCUGAGCUCGGACCAGCUACAGGAGGGUGAGCUGAUCGACAGUGGGCCGGGUUUGACUCAGGGAGACAAACUCCGAGCCCUGAAGAGCCGACGGUCUCCCCGACCAGCCACCGCCACAGUCUUGAGGGUGGAGGAGGUGAAGAUGCACACCCGCUCUGCCUCUCAGCCCUUCAGGCUGUCAUUGGGCUCUCGGCAGGGCCCCACUUCCCCCGUCAAGUCCUCCAAGUUCCCAUCAUCCUCUUCUGCAGCAGCCAAGAGGAUCGGCAGGAACUCGACCCCAGCAAACCUCAGGAGCUCAGCUCUCAGUUCACGAUUGGCCAGCUCCCUCAGCGAUCUAUACGGCGACAUAGAGGAUGACGGGAAUGCUCCGUACUCCUCCCUCCCACCCUCCUCUGUGUCUGUAAGCCCCUCCCCCUCACCACUGGCCCCGCCCUCUUCAUCUGGCUAUGGUAACGGGCCUCGGAGCCCGCCGUUAGAAGUCAACAACAACAGCGGCCCGUACGGCGGGAAGGGCUUCAUUCGACCGGGGCCUCAGGACUUUGGCGCCUAUAGGGGCCACGGGGGCUACAGCGCCAUGAAGGGCCCCUCAGGACGCUACCUGAGCCGCUCCAUACCUUCUCUUCAGUCUGAGUACAUCCAGUACUAAGACCACAGGUCUGACCUGAGAAUGCAGGGCCCUUCUCAUCUCCCAGAAUCCUCUGGGGUCGGACGCUGGAAGCUAAAGGGAAGCAUCCGGACUGAACUUCCUCCCUGUUCAUACUGUAUGUAAAUGAGCUGAAUGUAAAUAUCAUUGUAAUCUACACGCGUGUUUGGCUGAAGAUAUAUAUUUACACGAGACAUAGAUUUUAUAUUUCUUGUGACAGAAGAGGACCUAUUUUUUCAUUUUAACCAUGAUGAAGAGGUUUUGUUUUUUGUUUUUGAUAAAAUGAAGCAUCGGUUGCAGUAUUUCCAUCCUGGCUGAUCAGCUCACCAGCAGGUUUUCUUGUUUUCUUGUUAUCCUACGGCAAUAUAUGAUAGUAGUAGAAGAAGGGACCCAAAAUCAGAAACUCAGGGGAUCAAAGCUCGUGUGGACUGCCGCUUGGCCUUAAAGAAGCUUAGAUUUGUGCAGCUUGUGCCUCCUGAGCAGUACCAUAGAUUCAACAUGAUUAUAGAACCUGAUGAUCAUUUUUUACUAAAACUUUGAUGCCACAUAAGCUCCACCCACCUCUAAUAAGCGCGGGCUCCAGCACACAUGGAGAAAACCAACAAAAAAUUAGCAUUAGGACCCGGUCAGCUGUAAGUUUAACCAUCCAGAUCACCAGCAGAUUUGGACAGGAGGCUUUUAAAUUCUGUUUCUCUGAGGAAUCCAGAUAUGAAGGAUACAUCCCGAUCAGGUGUUUUUGUUUUUUAAAAUGUUUGACUGAAAGAUCUUUAAAGGGAAUCUGCUCAUGUAACUGUCACACGUGGCCUGUAUUUGUGUUGCAGAGACGUUCUCACAAUAACAGAUGAACAGUAGAGAAUAUGCUAUUUUUUUACCUCGGUAACUCCACCUACACUCCAGGAAUGUCUCCAGCGUCUGAAUCAAAAACAAACCACUGGAGUUAACGGAGCUUUCAAAAACAGUAAUUCUUUUUGCCACAGGAGCUGUAAAUUCUUGGGAUAUUUUUCCGAAAUUAACAACAAUGAAACUGCAUAUCUUUUUGUAAGUUUUUAAAGAGAGAGACAGAAAAAUAUUGAGUGCCCUGCUGCCAUCAAAGGCAGCAUAAUAGUAAAUAUAUCAGAAACUGAUGAUUAUGUAAUCAUGAGGGACUUUUCCCUGAGUUAUGACCUCAGAUCAGUUUUCUACCCUUAAACUCAGCCCAUUCCUUCACAACUGUUUGUAACAAAGUUGAGGAGUAAAAAAGAUCUUUAUGUUCAAUAUAGUGACCUAAAAACCAAACAUGUGAGUUUUUAUAGUGAACAGGCUGCUUAAUGUGUUUAUAUUUAUCUACUUUUCCUGUCUGUAUUUAUUCAAAUCUUCUAUGAGAUUUAAGUGUUUUUUAGUGAAAUGAAUUUAGUGAAAUCCCGUAUGUUUCCAGAACAGAUACCGCCCUGAAGUAACCUCUUUUAUGAAAAAGAAACCUGAUAGUUUAUGUUAAGUGGAACUUUCAGCGGUGACAUCACUGUGUGGUUGCAGGCGAAAAUUGUCCCUCCUCAAACUGAAGGAAGUAGUUUAAUUUUGGAGUCUCGCACCUUUCAUGACACGUCAGCACGUUUGGUCUGUUCUUUUUAUUUAAAGCUCAAAAGUCACUCAAACUUCACAGAUUCUGUUUGGGUUUUUUUAAAGAGAGAAAAGGCUAAAAAGUGCCUUAAAUGUUCUCCAGCUGCUUGUGUUUGAAGGUUCUUAUGGUGAUGUUCACUUUUUCCUGAUAUGAAUGUUUUUGGUCAUGUUUUAAGGGAAAAUGAGAAAAUAAUGUCCGUUUUAUUUCCUCUGACUGACGGCAGAGUUUCUUUCUGAGCAAUAACAGAAAAUAAACCAGU